GCGCUCACCAUGGCGUCAGGCCAUGAUCUCAGUCACUCACCUCCAGUGCCACGCCGGGGGAAUUUUACAGCUGACAUGGACAUGUGCUGGACACUGGUUGUGUCCGUCAUCUUCCUGGUUGCCAUCGGCUGCUCCUACUCGUCGUGUGAGUAAUAUUUGUUGUGUAUAACUUUAUGUGAUUUCCUAUUAUAUAUAUUAUACGACAAUCAACCGAUCUCAGUUUUUUCCAAUACUUUUUUUACAUGAUCUUGAACCCGUUAUAUCUAAAUACUUUGCAAGUGCCGAUAAUUAAUUUGUUAAAAAAAUUCCACGUGUCCAGAUGGUAAAUAAUUCUAAAUUUUAGAACGCUGUGCCAUUAUGGUGGCGUCCCAUUUUAGCCAAGAACCUAACACGUGUUCAGAUCCUGGUGGAUGUGCUCAUUUAAGUCCAUCAUUUAAAUAGUUUGUUGUUAGUAUAUAGCUCAAAAUAAUUUGUGAACCUUGAGUGACACCUUCCAUUAAGCCUUAAGAAAUAUAUAUAUGUGUGUGUGUGUGUGUGUGUACCGGAAUUUAAAAAAAAAUAUUUUUUUAUUUAAAUCUCUGACUGUUCAUUACUAGUCUUUGUAAUACUAAGUUUAAUAAUCCGGUGUUGAUAUUGAAGAUCGAAUUUCACCACUUCAUAUAGCCUACUAACAAGAGGUUAAACCAGACAAAAUGUAAGUCAAUCGGGAUCCAAGGCUAAUUCAAGUUUAAGAACCGCUGCCAUAACUCGCUGUAACUCUCUGUAAUACGAUGCACAAUAGUGCAUUUAAAGAGUGAUCUGAAAGCAGCAAGAGUGCAAUCGCUCUUUUUUUUUUAUUUUCUACGCACGUGGUGUUGUUAUUAUGUCUGUCUGUGUGUGUUCAUUCCAGCGUGUGUCUUUGCGGUGACAAUACAUUAUGGCGUCUUUUUUGAAGCAACAUGACACGUCGGUGGUACAACCAGUUAAAUUUUUACGCGACCAUGUUGUUCGUCCGUCGAGGAUCGACGAUGACCAUCGAGUCGUCCGGUGACUGAUGACUUGCGCUAUUGAUUUUUGUUUAAAGUGAAGAAGAGUUGCGCGGCGUCAACCUCACUCUCUCGUCCGAGCCCACCAUAUCCAGUGGCAAGACUCUAAGUCAAGACGACCAGGGAUGGGUACGGUUGCAGGAAUUGUCAUUGUUUGCGCCUUACGGGACUCCAACUCCGGGUUUGAAUUCAGAGUUUCCUUCUCUUAGAUGAGUUGCCGACCAAGGUUAACGAGUCUCAUCCACCCGGGGUGAUGGUUUUGUUUGACCGGCCUUUGGCUGGAAUUGAGAUUUUCUCAGUUUCGACCAUUCGGCCACCCAGGCACCCAUGCAGUGAGUGACCAUGGCGUUCUACGUGUCUGGCCAUGUUCUCAGCGAUUCACACCACUGUGCUGUCUCCGCCUUUUGUCCGUUGACCAACUAGUGGUUCUUCCGUACAAUUUGCCGGAUCCAGACUUUACAUGCUAUGGGGACAACCCCUUUUUUCCGAAAGUUAUAUCCUCAACCUGAAAUCGUUGUCAGGGUUGUGGUCGCUGUGCAUGUUACAGCUUCUUGGAACCACAGGUGAGAGCUGAGUACAGAGAUUUCCGAACAAGAUGGCUCCUUCCUAUUCAGCCUAACAGUAGAUCUAUAUUGUAGUUGUAUUUAGAAGGAGAAAUACGUUGAUAACAGCAUACAUUCUGAUCCUGAAUGAAACCGCAAAACAAUUAAAGCUAAUUAAAAGUUCGAUUUUUCUUGCGCCGAAGCCAAUUUCAAAUAAUCAUUUUUAACUAUCUCCCUUGCUUUACUGAAGCGCCUACACACUGAGAUUCCUUCCUUUUGUGUAUUAUUAUACCGCCAUCUUGUUGUACCGGAAGUUAUACGCGACCAUAUUGCCGUUAUGAAUCACUUCUUUGCCGAGUGGCCGGUCAGUCAAUCGUGCAGUCAGGUGCCGUCACACUUCAAAGACCUUCAGAUUAACCGUGACCACAGUGCCCUGGGGCCUCUGAGCGUACGCACGGCUAUUACGUCAGUCAGUGGAAAAUAGCAUGGAGACGCACAUUUCUAUUAAUAGUAAGCACAACACGUGGGCACACGGUUUCAACUUCAAGAUGAAGUAAAAUAUAAUAUUUAAAAAAAAUGAAAAUUCCCGAUAACUUCACUAAAUGAGAUUCUUGGUGCGCAAUGUUUUUUUUGCCUUACGGAAAUGGUCAAAAUUUAGAUAUGAUGUAAUGAAUCUGCGUUGUUAAAAAAAAAAGUGUGUGUGUUGACAUUAGAAUAUAAAUCUAGUUCAGGGGCGGAAAAAAUAAGUUUUCGGGUGGUUUCAUGGAGAGUGUGGAAGAAAAAAAAGGGGGGGGGGAAGGAGGUGCACUAAUUGGGAUUCUUAUAAAGUGCGUUACUUGAAUACUGUUUCGUCAAGUAACUUUUAGUAGAUGGGAAGUUUAUUUGGUGGGAUAUAAGUAGUAAAUAUAUAAAAAUAAAUUAGUAAAGAUUUACGGCUUUAUCUAAAGGCACUAAACGAAAUAAUUAAUGGCGCGCCAAAGCAGAGCACGCUCCCAUGGAUCAAGCUAGAGCAGCGGUUCUCAACCUGUGGGUCACGACCCCUUUUGGGAGUCGAAAUACCCUUUCACAUGGGUCGCCUGAGACCAUCGGGAAACACAUAUAAUCCACAGUUAUGUGGUAGCAACGAAAAUAAUUUUGUGGUUUGGGAGGUCACCACAACAUGAGGAUCUGUAUCAAAGGGUCGCGGCAUUAGGAAGGUUGAGAACCACUGGGCUAGAGGAUACCCGGUAGGAAAUUUUUAGAUAAACCGUCUGGCCUCCUCAACGAUCAGCAACAUGGAUGCCAACUUAUCCAUAAGCUCAACAAUUACCUUAGCCGUUUUCAUUCGCAGGAUAGCUAGCAUCAUAGUCCUCUGCAAUAUGCGCCUCGUUUUAGAAGCGUUAAACUUAUCAAUGGCGUUACAGACAUGUUUGAACACAAAAAAAGCUAAUACUUUUUCGAGACUGUUGAUUUCUUUUUUUUAAAAAAUAUUUAUUCAUUUUACAUAGGGACUUGACAGGAGUUAGUUUUCUGUCUAAAAAACAAUUAGUAAUCGUAAAAACUCAAGCGUUAUAAAUAUUUAUGAAUGUCUAUAUCUCCCCCCCCCACCCCCACCUCCCUUCCCCACAAACAGUCCAUUGAGUAAGUUUUCUGUCUACAAAAACAGUUAGUUUUCGUAAAAACUCAAGCGCUAUAAAUAUGUUAUGAAUGUCUAUAUCUCUCCCCCCCCACCCCCACCCCCACGCCCACAAACAGCCCAUUGAGUAAGUUUUCUGUCUAUAAAAGCAAUGAUCGUAAAAGCUCAAGCGUUAUAAAUUGCCCACAAGCAGCCCAUUGAGUAAGUUUUCUGUCUAUAAAAGCAAUGAUCGUAAAAGCUCAAGCGUUAUAAAUAUGUUAGAAUGUCUAUAUCUCUCCCCCCCCCCAACCCCCAACUCCACAAACAGCCCAUUGAGUUAGUUUUCUGUCUAUAAAAGCAAUGAUCGUUAAAACUCAAGCGUUAUAAAUAUUUUAUGCUUGUUUAUAUCUUCCCUCCCCCCACGCCCCCCCCACCCCACAUCCAGACCAUUACAACUGUGAGAAGGGCGUCUACGAAACGCUGUACAGGAUAACUGAGGCAUGCCGGGAAACGUCGUACGCCCCGAACCUGAAGACCUUCAGAAAAAACGAGCAGAGGAUAUCGGGGCAGACGAUAGUGGAGAUGUUUGAGGUAUGACUUCUGGGAGCCGCGUUAAUCAGGCAGAAAAAAAAAAAUGUGUAGCACUUUUCAUCAAACUAGAUUUUGAAGAAUCACGUUCAACUUUCGUUGAUCUCCUAGAUACAUAAGAUAUAUUUCGGGGUCUUUUCAGAGCCGUCACGUGGCUCCUACAACCUCUGCAGGGGGGGGCCACUGGUACUUUAAGGGGCCCAAGAGGUGGUGUAAAUAACUAUGUAAAAAAUAAAAAUCAUUAAAAAGUUAUAUUUACUUUGAAUAACGGGGAUGAGCUGAUAUACGUGUAUCUCUUUAAAACAUUGACAUAUUCUUUGUUACAAUAUGGAUUUCAUUUAUUAAUGGAAUACAUUUGAUUUAAAUUAGAAACUUUAAAAACAAAAAUUGCGCACUUUUCAUUAUAUUGGUUAUAUAAUUUGAAGAAAAACAAAAACUGUCACGCUAGGCUUUGAAACAUUGCGAUAUAUUUAAUUUUGCUGUCAUCAUACUCAGGUCUGCUAAUUAAAAAAAAAAAAUUGAAAUGAAAAUCUAGUAAGAAGUAAACAAAAAUUGUUUCCCUUCCUUCUUUCAAUUCUGCAGAACUACUGCGGCGUCGCCGAGAAGAUACACAAAUGUGGCCAGGACAUGGUGGACUUCAUACCUUGCCUGGUUGGACAGCAGGAGAACUACGACACCAUGGUCGCCCGCUCCCACUGGUUCUGCGACGGCGUCGGCGUCAGGGAAGGCAUCAAGAGCACGUUCGCCAACCUGUCAACCGAAGAGCUGGAUUACAGGCUGAACGCCUGCUACAGGGAAGCCCCCGGGAAGACGUAUCACUGCGUGCGCAGGUCCCUGGGGGUGGCGGGGAAACGGCCGGAGAGAAAAGAGUCGAUGAAGAGGAUCCUCGCGUCGUUCCGCUGCUCGUUCCGGAAGCUGUCGAGAGACUGCCCACGCGACACGGCCUUCCUGUUGACGACCAUGGAAUACGAUUGGCUGAUUAUCCCCCCUGCUUUAGGUUUCAACAUCUCCGAUGUUCUCUUCACGGCAUCAAACAUCAAAUUGCCUGCAAGAUGAACUAAAGCGAUUCUUCCACAAGUCAACAAUAUCAUUUCAGAUGUACUAUUUUUAUAAAAGGAUAUAUAAAAAUUUUACCAUAUGGGUACUUUUUUUUUUUUCAAUCUAAAAAGUGAUAUGACGUUGAGUAAAGUUUCGGUGUAAUUGCUUGCUAUUUGAAGGUGGUAUGUUCCAAACUUUUUGUUUUACUGGAUGCAGCGUCUCUUCGUAACGUAUUUUAAACAUUUUUUUAUUAUCGCUUAUUGUUGUCAACAUUUCUGGGUCAACAUUUCUCUCACUCUCCGGGCCAACAUUUCUCUCAACCUCUGGGCCAACAUCUCUCUCUCUCUCUGGGCCAACAUUUCUUUCAAUCUCUGGGCCAACAUUUCUUUUAACAUCUGAGCAAAAAUUUCUUUCAAUCUUUGAGCCAACAUUUCUCUCAAUCUCUGGGCCAACAUUUCUCUUAAUGUCUAUUCCAACAUUUCUUUCAAUCUUUGGGCCAACAUUUCUCUCAAUCUCUGGGCCAACAUUUCUCUCAAUGUCUAUUCCAACAUUUCUUUCAAUCUUUGGGCCAACAUUUCUCUCAAUCUCUGGGCCAA